GCUGCCAGGCUGUGGAGUCACAGAGGAAGGCUGUGCUUCUCUGGUCUCAGCUCUGGAGUCAAACCCCUCACACCUGAGAGAGCUGGACCUGAGUAACAAUGACCUGAAGGAUUCAGGAGUGAAGCUGCUCUCUGCUGGACUGGGGAAUCCCCACUGUAAACUGGAGACUCUGAGGCUGUCAGGCUGUCUAGUCACAGAGGAAGGCUGUGCUUCUCUGGUCUCAGCUCUGAGGUCAAACCCCUCACACCUGAGAGAGCUGGACCUGAGCUACAAUCACCCAGGAGACUCAGGAGUCAGACUGCUCUCUGCUGGACUGGAGGAUCCACACUGCAGACUGGAGAAACUCAAUGUGGAACAUGGUGGAGAGAACACAAUGAAACCUGGACUUAGAAAAUAUGUCUGUGAUCUCACACUGGACCCAAACACAGUAAACAGACACCUCUCUCUGUCUGAGGAGAACAGAAAGGUGACAUGUAGGAGAGAGGAGCAGCCGUAUCCUGAUCACCCAGAGAGAUUUGAGGUCUGUAGACAGGUGCUGUGUAGAGAGGGUCUGACUGGGCGCUGUUACUGGGAGGUAGAGUGGAGUGGGAGAUGGGGGGCUGCUAUUGGAGUGACAUAUAAAGGAAUCAGCAGGAGAGGAGGUGGUGAUGACUGUUAUCUUGGAUACAAUGACAAGUCCUGGAGUCUGUUCUGCUCUGACAACAGUUACACUGCCAGGCACAAUAGUAAUCCCUCUACCAUAGACGUCCCCUCCUCCAGCUCCCACAGAGUAGGAGUUUAUCUGGACUGGCCAGCUGGCACUCUGUCCUUCUAUAGAGCCUCCUCUGACACACUGACCCACCUGAUCACAUUCACCUCCACAUUCACUGAGCCCCUCUAUCCAGGGUUUAGGGUUUGGGAUGAUGGAGACUCUGUGUCAUUGAAAUAAUAACGUGACAUGAAUCAGUGUCCCUGUGAUACUGUGGACACAGACUGGAUUCACACACACACACUGGACUCACGAACACACACACACAUACUGGACAAAAACACUCACACACACACUGGACUCACACACACACACUGGACUCACACACACACACACACACUCACACACACUGGACCGACACACACACCCUGAACACACACAUAAACACACACAGGAAACACACACACACUGGACAAACACACACACUGGGCAAAGACACACACACACACACACUGGGCAAAGACACACACACACACACACACACUGGACAAACACACAGGCUGGACAAACACACACAGGCUGGACAAACACACACACACUGAACACACACCCUGAACACACACUGGACUCACACACACACACACACACACACA